UCUCUCCGCUCCUCAAUCGAUUCUGUGGCUCGGCCAGUCCUGGACUCGUCCUCUCCAGCGGCCGCUUCAUGUGGAUCCGCUUCUUCAGUGAUGAGGAACUUGAGGGGAGCGGCUUCCAGGUGCAGUACACCUUUACUGCAGACCCUGAAUUUCAUCUGCAUGUGGGUGGACUCCUUAACCCAAUCCCAGACUGUCAGUUUGAGCUGUCCGGGGCUGACGGCAUGAUCCGUUCCAGUCAGGUGGAGGAAGAAUUCAAAGUGAAGCCCGAGCAGGCAGUGGACUGCAUCUGGACUAUACGAGCCCCAAAAAACCACAAGAUUUACCUGCGCUUCCUGGAAUACCAGCUGGAAAACUCAAAUGAAUGUAAGAAGAACUUUGUGGCUGUUUAUGAUGGCAGUAAUGCCAUCGAGGACCUAAAGGCUAAGUUCUGUAGUACAGUAGCUAAUGACAUCAUGCUGGACACUGGAUUGGGAGUGGUGAGGAUGUGGGCAGAUGAGACGAGCCGCCUCAGCCGCUUCCGGAUGCUGUUCACUUCAUUUGCUGACCCACCCUGUGCAGGCAGUUCAUUCUUCUGCCACAGUAACAUGUGCAUCAACACUUCUUUGGUGUGCAACGGCAUACAGAACUGCGUCUUCCCCUGGGAUGAAAGCAACUGCAAAGAAAAAAAGAGCAAAGGUGUUUUUCACCAGAUCACAAAGACACACGGGACAAUAAUCUGUGUGUCUACGGGCGUGGUGCUUCUGCUCCUCAUCGUCUCCAUCCUGGUUCAAGUCAAACAACCACGAAAAAAGGUGUUGGUGCGUAAGAAUAACCUGUUCCAGCGAGGAGACUUACAGGAGGCGUUUGACCCGCCACAUUAUGAGCUCUUUACUCUCCGGGACAAGGAGAUGUCGGGUGAUCUCGGAGAAUUAUCAGAAGAGCUUCAAUCCCUGCAGGCGCUCAGGAGAUCGUCGUCAGGCUCACGGUGCGUUCAUGAACACCACUGUGGUUCUCAGGCUUCUGUCAACUCGAUCAAAACCAGUCAGCCUGCCCACGGCGUCGGGAGGGGAUCCUUGGAGCUCCCCCCUUUCCGAGGGGACUUCCAGAGCUCCUUGCCCCCCUUGAGGGACUUGCACAGCGGCCUGCGGAAAAAAAGCUGGCCCAGUAUGAAACCAGGUCGGAUACAGGGCCAUCACGGUUUAGAGGAAAGAGGACUCGGGCGGCAGGAUCGAGUGAUGGAAGAGGAUGAAGACGAGGGAGAAGAUGGAAGGUACGCUGUGUAUGUACGCAGAGCAGGAGGACGAAGAGGGAACUAUGAAAUGGCCCAGCAGAGAUCUUUGUCCAUGGACUUCUGAUAUAAAAGGCGAGGUGGAAUAAAUUCAGCAAAAACUUUUUUUUAUGCCAUGUUGUAUGCCACACUUUCAGGGCACAAAAAAAAUAAGAGAAGAGAGGAGGCUCACCUUCUCACUUUAUUUCUUUAUGAUGACAGUAAUUACAAAGACUUCCCUGAUUUGCUGUUCACUAACUGAAACAGCCAACUGGGAGGCUGAAUCGUUUUUGUGAUCUGUGUUUAAGUAAAGAAGGUUUCAAUGCUGCGUAGUGUUCUUGUUAUCAUUGUAUUUUGUUUGAUAUAUUUUACUGUAAAGCAGAAAUUCAGAUGAAAUAUGUUUUUAAACAAUGUUUGAGUGUUUUGAGAAAAAAUACAAUUUAGCAAACAAUUUACUCAAAUCUCAGUUUUUGUGAAAUCAGUUUUAACCUGUGUCAAAGAUUAAAUAUAUCUCCCCUCUUGGUUUAGGGAAAUGAUUUCUUUAUUUCAAUAUGACAUCAGUUUUAGCAUCAGGUAUUAAAUGACCAUCAGCAGGUGAGGAGUCACACAUGUUCUUUCCCAGGAUGUAGGUCUUUGAUGAUUUUGAAAACAUGUUUCCCACAGGUAAUGUCUGGACUGUCCCUCUUAAAAUAUACAGUAAGUCUGGUGUUGUAUAAUUCUGUUUUAUAAACUCCAAAAAAAACAAAAACAUUUUGGCAUAAACACAUAGCAUUAAACACUAGAAGAUUGUGUUCCUUUUUGGCUAAUGUAAGCAGUAGUUAACAGGUUAUAAAUGUGUUUUUUUGAGUCUUACAACAACAAGAAGAAAACACGACAAAUCAAAAAACAA